AUAUGGGAUCAGUAUCUCUUCUUCCUCCUCUCUCUCUCUGAUCUCACCCCCUCUUUUCUCCCUCCUACUUCGAUGUUCUCUCUCUUUCAUGUUCAUCUCUCUUCUUCUUCUUCCUCGUUCUCUCCUCUUCUUCUUCCUCAGAACCCAACCCCUCUCCACCAGAUCCGGCCUCCUCCCUCUCCCUCUUCCUCUUCUUUUCCCUUACCAUCACCCAGCCCUCACUCUCUUCCUCUCCACCAAAUCCAGCCUCGUCCCUCUCUGAAUCGUACCCUAACCCAACCCCUUGCUAUGUCCAACUCCUUCACCUUGACACCGCCGCCUCCUAGAGUCGAACCAAAUCGCUCUCUACUCCCUCGACGUCGUCGACGACCAAGUGGGUCGGUUACGGUUUCGGUCUCGACAAGGGAAGUCGUCUCCUGUCGGGUUCACAAUGUGGUGGUGCGUGGCGGCGUAGGAGGGAGGAGGUGGGGCUGAAUUAGAAUUGUGUGAGGGGUGUAUGAAAUUGUGAAUGAAAUUAGGGAGUUGUGGAGGGAAUUGUGAAUGUAAUUGUUAGUUUAUUUUGUGACGGAUGGGCGUCGGCAGUGGUUAUUUUGGUGGGAGAGCUCGGCGGUGGGUUUUGUGGGUAGAGGAAGGUGGCGGUGAUGCGUGGUGGUGUUAAUUUGGUGUGGGAAUAGAAGAACAGAAAAAGAAAAAAGAAACUAAAAGAAAAAUGAACUACAAAAAAGAAAAUAAAAA